AUGUCAACAAGCCUCGUGUGGCGUCCACGGUGCGAGUUCCAACUAGAAGAAGUCGGCAGGAUGCGUUGCUUGAAGAGAAUCCAUCACCACCACCCGUCAGCCGUCGGAGGACCUCUCGCAGUCCAACUCCAUUUCGACGUUCACCAUCGCAGGAGACAGGUGUGCUGA